UCUCCCGGCGCCGCCUCCAGGCCGGCCCGGCCCCCUCGGCACCGGGCCACCCGCGUCCCCGCGACGCGCCCUGGCCAAGGGCACCGCGCGCCCCGCGCGCUCGGACGCAGGAGGCGCAGCCGCCCUCCUCCCACCCCGCUCGGGCCCGACUCCGCCCGCCGCCCGGCGAACCCCGCGAUCCGGCCUCCCGGCGCCCCCUCGGCCUUCCUCUUCCUCGUCGGGCGCUGACCCGGUCACGAGGGCCGCGACAGCUCGCCCGGGUCCCCGCCAUCCCUCCCCGCCGGAGCCGGCCAGGGAUGCCCCUGCCCUUCCCGGCAGCCCGGGGCGCUUCCACCUGCUCGCGGGGGAAGAGGACAGGCCAAGGAGAAGCUGACACAUCCGGAGCCCUCCAACUUUGACCCGAGCAUGCAAGGCCCACCCAGCAGCCUGCCCUCCGAGCUCAGCCUGGACGACUUCAUCCCCAGCCACUUCCGGGCCUACGCAGGGCCAACCUUGCGGGGGACACGGGUGCCCGUCCUCCGGAAUGGUGGCUCCAACACCCUUAAUUUCCAGUUCCAUGACCCUGCGCCCAGGACCGUGUGCAAUGGCUAUACCACCUCCCCAAGGAGAGAUGCUGCCCGGCCCCCAGACCCUGCCUGGUAUCAGACUUGGCCAGGCCCUGGGAGCCGGCCCUCAACAAGCUCGAAGACCCCUGCCUCUCAGCAUACCCAGAGCUGGUCAUCCACGUGGACCAGGGACAACAAACAUCGGGACAAGCGUUGGGUCAAGUACGAGGGAAUCGGGCCUGUGGAUGAGAGCGGCAUGCCCAUUGCCCCCCGAUCUAGUGUUGGCAGCCCCAGAGACUGGUAUCGGCAAAUGUUCCAGCAGAUUCACCGGAAAAUGCCAGACCUGCAGCUGGACUGGGCCUCUGAGGACCCACUCAAAGGGAUUUCCUCCUGUGCCUCCUCUGCAGAGCCCAGGUAUCCGGGGCCCUCGCAAAGACCCGCAUCCAGGAGUGGCCACCAGCCAGUGACUCCUAGCGGAAGAAGCUGGGAACACCCUGAAGAGGCACCUAGAAGCACUUUAAACUAUAAUCCUGGAGUAUCCUCCUCAAGGCUCCAGCCUCCACAUCAGGUGUCCAAACGCAGAGAGAAGGCGGAGAAUGUUUGGACAGAAGACUCCUGGAACCAGUUUAUGCAAGAAAUAGAGACUGGGCAGAGGCCCAAGAAACCACUGGUGGAUGACCCUGUGGAGAAGACCUCCCAGCCCAUCGAGAUUCUGCUGGAGAGAGAGCUGGCCAAGCUGAGCGCCGAGCUGGACAAGGACCUGCGGGCCAUCGAGACCCGGCAGCCGUCUCCCAAAACGCCCACCUCGGGGGGUAGCCCCCUCACCCCCCCCAAAGGACCAGCCUCCAUCGCGCCUCCCAAGAGCUCGCCAGCGCCCCGACGGGUCCCGGAGCAGCGACUCCCGGCCAGCCCCACCGCAGGCUGGAGGUCCAGCUCCCCGCAUGCACCUUACCUGGGUCCCGCCCGACCCCUGAGCCCCCACAGAAUGGCAGAUGGAGGAGGAAGCCCCUUCCUGGGCCGCAGAGACUUCGUUUACCCUUCUUCAGCCCGAGAAUCUAGCAUCCGGGAAAGAGGGAGCAGCCCCGCCAGGAAGGAGGAGAAGAGGAAGGCUGCCAGGCUCAAGUUCGACUUCCAGGCACAGUCCCCCAAGGAGCUCACACUGCAGAAGGGUGACAUUGUUUACAUCCAUAAGGAAGUGGACAAGAACUGGCUGGAGGGCGAGCACUACGGCCGGCUGGGCAUCUUCCCUGCCAAUUACGUGGAGGUGUUGCCGGCCGAUGAGAUCCCCAAGCCCAUCAAGCCCCCCACCUACCAGGUGGUGGAGUACGGAGAAGCCCUGGCCCUGUACAACUUCAAGGGCGAACUGGAGGUGGAGCUGUCCUUCCGCAAGGGCGAGCGCAUCUGCCUGAUCCGCAAGGUGAACGAGAACUGGUACGAGGGGCGCAUCACGGGCACCGGGCGCCAGGGCAUCUUCCCCGCCAGCUACGUGCAGGUGAGCCGCGAGCCCCGGAUCCGGGUCUGCGAGGACGGCGCCCAGCUGCCCGCGUCGCCCCGCCUGAGCGCCGCCGCCGCCGCCGCCCGCAAGGCCCGCCACCCCAGCUCCCCGUCGGCGCCCCGCAGCCCCGCGGACCCCACCGACUGGGGGGGCCGGACCUCCCCGCGCCGCGCCGGCUUCUCCUUCCCCGCCCAGGAGCCCAAACCCCAGACACAGAGUGUCUGCUCCCCUGGGCCAGCCCAGCCCUGCCCUCGGAGCCCCAGCCGGCCUCCCGACCUGGAGAGCUCCCCCUCCAACACCUCACAGAUACACUGGACCCCGUUCCGGGCCAUGUACCAGUACCGGCCCCAGAAUGAGGACGAGCUGGAGCUGCGGGAGGGGGACCGCGUGGAUGUCAUGCAGCAGUGUGACGACGGCUGGUUUGUGGGUGUCUCCCGGAGAACCCAGAAAUUUGGGACCUUCCCUGGAAAUUAUGUAGCCCCGGUGUGAGUGGUGCAUCCUCAGGGCACCUUGGAGCCAGCAUGGUUGGGGUGGGGAGCGGUAGCACUUAUAAGAGGGAGCGAGGCUCCUCCACAUCCUCCUCCCCGGCAUCUGCAGAGACCCCAGCAGCCUUCUCCUGGAGCCCCCUCGAAGCCUCCUGGACUGAUUCCCACCACAGCUCACAGGCAUUCCUCCGACAGCCUCUUUAUCCCCC